UCACAAUCGUGUUGUUCACUUGCUACAUAAACCACUUUACGCCUUUGGACGUAUAGUAUUUGAUCGUGAGACUUCGUGCAUUUGCCGUGCGCCCUAAUUACAAUCAACAAUCGACAAAGUGUGGUUACAACUUGUGUUUUAAUACAAAAUUUGCAGUGAUGGCACCCAUAGGCUUGCUGUGUUGUAGCCGUAAGAGCAAGUCGGUUGCUCCUAUAGACAAUACCCCUGAAGAUGGAAAUUUCGACUAUGAUUUGGCGGUUAUUGGUGGUGGUUCGGGAGGUCUUGCUUGUGCCAAGGAGGCCGUGAACCUGGGUGCGAAGGUAGCAGUGUUAGACUAUGUGACACCCUCGCCGCAGGGCACCAAGUGGGGACUUGGUGGCACCUGUGUCAAUGUAGGCUGCAUACCCAAGAAACUGAUGCACCAGGCAGCACUGCUGGGAGAAAGCAUUCAUGAAGCAGUAUCUUACGGCUGGGAGGUACCGGCCCACCAAGAGAUCAAAAUCAACUGGGGAUCACUCACAGAAUCUGUACAGAACCACAUUAAAUCCGUGAACUGGGUAACCAGGGUUGAUCUUAGGGAUAAGAAAAUUGAAUAUAUCAAUGGUUUGGGAGAGUUUAAGGAUUCGCACACGAUUAUUGCGACGAUGAAGAAUGGAUCGAAGAAGGAGCUGACGGCGAAGAACAUAGUGAUCGCCGUGGGCGGGCGGCCGCAGUACCCUGACAUUCCUGGCGCCGUGGAGUACUGCAUCAGCAGCGACGACAUCUUCAGCCUCAGCCAUCCACCCGGCAAGACGCUCGUCGUUGGCGCUGGAUACAUUGGUUUGGAAUGCGCGGGAUUCUUGAACUCGAUGGGCUACCCGGCGACGGUGCUGGUGCGCUCCGUGCCGCUGCGUGGCUUCGACCAACAGAUGGCGCGCAUGGUCACCAACGAGAUGGAAGAGAGGGGCGUCAAGUUCGAGCAUAAGUGUGUCCCGCUCUCCGUUGAGAAACUCGAGUCAGGACAGCUCAAGGCUCGCUGGCUCAACACAGAGCUGCAGGAACAAUACGAAGAUGUAUUCGACACAGUACUACUCGCCACCGGACGAUAUGCUCUCACCAAACAACUCAACCUGGACGCUGCCGGAGUUACCUGUGUUUCAUCGAACGGCAAAAUAACAGCGGAGACGGAACAGACGAACGUGCCGAACAUCUACGCGGUGGGCGACGUGCUGGAGGGGCGGCCCGAGCUGACGCCGGUGGCCAUCCACGCCGGCCGCCUGCUGGCGCGCCGCAUGUUCGCCGCCGCCGCGCAGCACAUGGACUACGAGAACAUCGCCACCACCGUCUUCACUCCCCUCGAGUACGGCUGCGUCGGACUCAGCGAAGAAACCGCUACUGCCAGAUACGGAGCAGACAACCUGGAGAUAUACCACGCUUACUACAAGCCGACGGAGUUCUUCAUCCCGCAGCGGAACAUCAAGAACUGCUACCUGAAGGCGGUGGCGCUGCGCGAGGCGCCGCAGAAGAUCCUCGGCCUUCACUUCGUCGGGCCCGUCGCUGGAGAGGUCAUACAGGGAUUCGCCGCCGCUAUCAAAUGCGGCAUUACAAUGGAGCAGCUGAUCAACACGGUGGGCAUCCACCCGACGGUGGCGGAGGAGUUCACGCGCCUCAACAUCACCAAGCGGUCGGGCCGCGACCCCAACCCCGCCUCCUGCUGCAGCUAGACAUGUACCACUACAUCACCCUUCUACCCUCACUAUUGUUGUUAACAUAUUUGCUGGACACAGGAGCAGUUUAUUUACUUCUGGUAUAAGAGACACAAUUGAGAAUAUGUUGCGUUUCGCGUUCUGCCACACAACGGGUUAAUAGGUUUCAUCUAAAUCAAACGAAAACUACAUCUCGUUGUCAAAGUCAAAAUUAUUUAUUUCAAAUAGAUCGGGAAGGCACUUUUGAACAAUGUUGAUCGAGUAAGCAAACGCUCUUAAAGUAUAACUGAGUAUCCCUCACGCAGCGCAAUCUAGUAUUGUGCCCAGUGUAUGGUAAUAAAUUUACUACAUGACAUAACAAGCAUAAAGCUUUGUGUUAUAAUGUGUCCGCUCCUGCUUACCACUACAAGAUAUAUAGUUUGCUGCUUCUAAAGUCCACUGAUAUUGUUAAUAAUGAUAUGUUCCUUGUUAUAAUUGAUCCCUCAGGAUAUUAACAAGAAGUUUGGAUUUCCUUAACGAAGAAUUUAGCAUUUAUUGAUUUGUUUGUAAUUGCAAUGUGGAGGGGUAACAUGUAUCGGUUGAGGAAUUUUUAUUAUAAUACACCCGUCACUUACUAUCGCAGAGAUGUUUAUAGCUUGUCGGUCACCGUCACCGCGCCUCCCCCUUCACCUUAAAUUAUAACUGUAUUAAUGUUAACAUUUCAAGUGAUUCAUCCUCUUUGUGAUAGGACAUACAAUGUCGAGUAACCAACGUUUCGGUGCUUAACCUCUACUUGUAUCGAUUUACUUUCAACGUUUAUAGUACAAAUUCUUGGAACAUUAUGAAUUGUUAUUGUCUCAAAAUAUGUAGGAAGAAAUGUAUUAAAAUACAAUAUUGUUACUAUGAUGCAAAUAAAAUGGUACAGUAUUAUUGUUAUUCUCAGUUGUACUCCACAUGUCGAUAUUAUGCAACAUUCCUUAAGUCGCAGUAACAGAAAUCAGGUUUCAUACAUUAUGUUAUUUAAUUUAUGUGAUUUUGAACUUAAAUAAAGUGAUAUAUUUUUAAUGAAAACUA